UGCGGUCUCAAACCCGGAAGUGGCUGACACCGUUGGGCUGUUGGUGCUGUUGCGCUGGUGCUUCCUGCUGUCAGACGAGCGUGUGAAGUCGUUUUCAGGUCAGGCUGGUUAAUAUCUUGUCAUGACAUCAGCGUGAGGACCGACCUCCUUCAGUUCAGGGUCGAUCACUGUGGUUCCUUACGUUCCAGGAGUUUGGAUCCAUCUGGAUGUUGAACGUGCGGACUCUGUUUGGCAUCGGCUUCCUGGUGACCUCAAGGGCCGCAACUGUCCUCGCUCAGACCGGGACAUGUGCGCUAUCCGCUGCAGCCAACAGCCACAAGAAGGAGUGUUUCAGUAGCAGACAAGCGUCCACCAUGGCUCAGACCGUCAAAUAUCUCGGGCAGGAGGAGGCCCAGCGCAUUGACGAGGAGCUCUUCAGUGAGUACGGCUUCAGUGUGGACCAGCUGAUGGAGCUGGCUGGACUCAGCUGUGCCACGGCCAUCGCCAGGGCAUAUCCAGUUACUUCCCUGGUGAAGGCCAAACCGUCUCUGCUGGUGAUCUGUGGCCCAGGUAACAACGGAGGCGAUGGCCUGGUCUGUGCUCGGCAUCUUAAACUCUUUGGUUACGAGCCCACCGUCUUCUACCCGAAGAGGCCAAACAAACCUCUGUUCCAGGGCCUGACGACGCAGUGCCAGAAAAUGGAGAUCCCCUUCCUGACUGAGAUGCCUGAGGCUGAGGUGAUCGAUGAGGCUUACAACCUGGUGAUAGAUGCCAUCUUCGGCUUCAGCUUCAAGGGGGCUGUGCGGGAGCCGUUUGGCUCCAUCCUAAACGUGCUGAAGAAGACGACAGUCCCUGUAGCCAGCAUUGACAUCCCCUCAGGCUGGGAUGUGGAGCAGGGCAGCUCAGACGGACUGCAGCCCGACAUGCUCAUCUCUCUCACCGCUCCCAAGAAGUCUGCCUCCUUGUUCAGAGGACGAUACCACUUCCUGGGAGGCCGGUUUGUGCCUCCGGGCCUGGAGAGGAAGUACCAACUCAACCUGCCUCAGUACCCCGACACGGACUGUGUGCUACAACUGUAGGCUUUAUGAGAGGCUUCAGUGUCACCUUUAAAGGAAUAGUUCAGCAUUUUGAGGAAGCAAUUCACGCCUGCCUUUUUUUUUCUUUACAAGACUUAAUUAAGAAGAUUGAUCUCACUCCCAUGUCUGCGACUGAGAGUCUGAGUCUGGUGCUGAAUUGCCUAGCUUAGCAUUAAAACCGGAACAGGGCCAAACAGCUAGCCUGGCUCCAAACAUAGCCGGCUGUAGUAAUUUUUUGGUCAUCACAGUGGCAGACAUGUCACCACGGAGCCUGAACCUGUACCUGGACAGAGAAAGCUGUUUCCCCAUGCUUCCAGUCUUCAUGCUAACCUUGUCCUGAGUCCAGCGCUGCCCCUAACAGACAUGAGAGUGGUAAGUAAAAUGAGUGCUUUUCCCUAAAUGAUAAACUAGCCCUUUAAAUGUGGGAAUUUCGAUUGAUUGCCGUUGUGUGGAUGAUGUUGGGUGUGAUCAUAACUCUAUAAAUUGAUUUGUAAAUUCAGUAGUGUGUUAUAACUGAGCUCUAUUAGCUUUCUGGAAGAGUUUUCAUCAUGUUAAAGACCAGAACUCUGACAUUGUGGUUGGUUCAUCAGGUACAUGAAAUAAAUAAACAAAAGUGA